AUGGCCGACGACGCGCAACUAAGUCGCAGCUACUCGGGUUACCAGAACAUCGCCGUCGCCACGCCGCCGCAACCGCCCGAUGCGCCGUCGCCGCACACGGCGGUGAAUGUGAAGGUCGAGCCGCUGGUGCUGUCGUUUCGCGACGUCACGUAUACCGUGGUCAACAAGCGAACUCCAGGCGCGAGGAAGAUCAAACCCGCCGCUCCCCCCGCCGGCGGAGGCGGGAAUGACGCGCGGUUCGAGUCGAUCAACUCGGACGACGAAGCGGGAAUGGAUGCGGGUGGCGCGGAGGAUGAAGCGCCGCCGGAGCCACAAUCGGUAUCGGAGGAGGGAUUCACAAUAAAAGCAAGAAAAAAGUAUCGCACAAUCCUGCAAGGCAUCUCCGGCUUCGCGCGGUCGCAGGAGGUGCUUGCAAUCAUGGGAUCGUCAGGCUCCGGGAAAACGACGCUUCUGGACGUUCUCGCGCAUCGCAUUGCGGAGGCGCGGCCGUCGCGCUUGGCGCAGAAGGAGGGCAAGGUGAAGAGCGGGCGCACGGGGAGCGUGGAGCUGAACGGCGUGAACAUGUCGAGCAGCAUCAUGCGGCGCAUCUCGGCUUACGUGAUGCAGGACGACCUGAUGCACGCGACGCUCACGGCGCGCGAGACGCUCAUGUUUUCCGCGGAGAUGAACCUGCCGAGCAAGACGUUUUCGCACAAGGAGAAGCAGGAGCGCGUGGAGCGGCUGCUGGAGUUGCUGGGGCUGCAGCACGCCGCGAAUACGAUCAUCGGCGACGAGGGCCGGCGAGGCGUGUCCGGCGGAGAGCGCAAGCGCGUGGCGAUCGGCGCGCAGAUCGUGCACGACCCGAAGAUCCUCUUUCUCGACGAGCCCACGUCCGGGCUCGACUCGUCCAACGCGUACCGCGUCGUCAAGAUCUGCAAGGACAUCGCCGUCGAGUCGCGCAGCAUCGUGAUCAUGGUGAUCCACCAGCCGUCGUUCCGCGUGCUGGAGCUGCUCGAUCAACUGCUGCUGAUGGCCACGGGGCAUACCAUAUACUUCGGCCCGCCUCCGGAGCUCCCCGCGUUUUUCGACUCGUUCGGCACGCCCGUGCCGCAGUUCGCGAACCCGACGGAGUUCGGAUUGGAGUUACUAGACCAGCUCGCGAACACGCCGACGGGGCUGAGUGAGUUAAUGUCAUACGCGGAUGAGUAUCACCGCGGGAAGGACCUCACCGGCGGGAUUGGCGGCGGCGGAAGGACGCGCGCGCUUCCGCCGAUCCCCGACGACUGCGGGUCGGCGGCGGCGGCGUCCCCCGUGAGUCUCGGCGACGUGGUUCCGGAGGACUCGCCCGCAGCGGCGGCGGCGGCGGCGGCGGCGGUGGUGGCGUCGAAUCACAAGGGCACGCGGCAGUUCGCCAACAGCUGGUUCCGCGAGCUCUGCGUGCUCACGGCGCGAUCCGCGCUCAUGAUCCGGCGCAACCCCGCGCUGUACGCGCUGCGGCUCGUACUGAUCGCCGUGGCAGGGUUCAUGCUCGCGACGCUCUUCUACCGCCCGGACUACGAUCCGACGGGGUUGCUGGAGCGACUGGCGUUCCUGUCGUUCAUCGUCGCCGUGCUCUUCUUCUGCUCUGCCGACGCCACGCCCAUCUUCAUCCAGGAGCGGCACAUAUUUAUACGAGAGACGUCGCACAACACGUACCGGUCGUCGACGUACGUGAUCGCGACGACGAUCGUGUACCUGCCGCUCUACUUCAUGAUGGCGCUCAUCAUCACUCUCGAGUCGUGGUGGUGCGUCGGCCUCACGGGCGGCUUCUCCGGCAUCUGCUUCUUCUGCCUCAUGUGCUUCAUGUGCCUCUUCACCGGCAAUGCCAUCGCCACGCUCUGCUCCUCAUUCUUUACCAACGUGAUUCUGGCGUACGCGAUGGUGAUCAGUCUGAUGGCCUACUUCACGCUGGUGUGCGGGUUCUACAUCCAGCGCACGUCCAUCCCCAAGUUCUGGAUCUGGCUGCACUACAUCUCGCCCAUGAAAUACGCCUACGAGGGACUCGCACUCAACGAGUUCGACAGGGAGGACGGAGCGUGCUACCUGACAGUGGAGCAGAUUUUCACGGUGAAGCCUUUCAACGAGUACUUGAACGCAACCAAGGCAAAGAGCGCCAUGGACGUUUUCGUCCCCAUGCUCGCGACCAACGCGACGCAGGGGCUGAACGAAACGAGCUCGUCGGAGCCAGCCAUGAGCGCCGAGGGCGACACGGUUCGUCUGUUCAGCGCGUGGUUCUGCCCGUUCGCGCAGCGCGCGUGGAUCGCGCUGGAGGCCAAAGGUGUCAAGUACGAGUACGUGGAGGUGGAUCCAUACGCCAAGCCAGCAGAGCUCAUGGCCGUGAACCCACGUGGCCUCGUGCCUGCUCUGCUGCACAUUACACAGCAGGGCGAGCAGCAGUGGUGCUUGUACGAGUCGAGUGUGAUUAUGGAAUACAUUGACGAGGCCUUUCCACCUUCGCCGCUCGCCGCCGCCGCAGCUGCUGCUGCUGCUGCUGGGAGCGGGGGAGUGCAUCUGAUGCCACAGGACGUGUAUGAGAGGGCGCAAGUGCGCAUGUGGAUGGACUUUGUCAACCGCAAGAUCGUUCCCAUCUUCUACCGCUAUCUCCAGAAGCAGAGCCGGGAGGAGCAGGAGGCAGAGAGGGCGGCGCUAAUCAGCUGCUACGAGCAGCUAGGAGCAGCCAUGGAGACCAUCAGUCCAGAAGGGCCCUUCUUUCUUGGCCAGCAAUUCUCCCUCAUGGUGCCCUCUCUCUCUUGCCUGUCCCUCAUUCAUUCUUGCUCUCUCCUUCUCCUUGCCUCCGCCAUUGCCACCCGUAAUGGUGUGCUUUGUUUAUCCUCCUCCUCUCUGUGGUCCCUGUUUCCGAAUGUGCUUGCUACCAUUCAUCCGGCCCCUGUUCAACCAACUCUAUCCCAGACUCAGAUCUCCCACCUCGUCUGCCAUUUUCCUAGUUUAAACUACUACAAUGGCUGA